AUGGUUGUGAGGCGACGGAGUCUGCCAGAAGUUCUUGCACCAGCGAAUAUGAAUGAGAACGAUGGUGGACACGAUAGAAAAACUAGGCGGAAACGAAGCAGUUUCAUCAAGACCGUUGAUAGAGUCAGUUCUAGUUCCCCAGUGAAAAAGAUACAGCAUCGCGACCCGACGUCAGAGUCAAAUUCCAGUCUCAAUCACAAAGUGACGUCGUUUUUUCGAAGAAGGACCAACGAGAAUGUUCCUUGUGUAAAUACUCUGCCCACAUCAGAAAAAUCAGAAGCUGUAGACGUCGAAACAUCUAGAAAAGCAGUCAGUCCAAUUUCAGAACCAGAACCUACACCUCCACCGAAAAGUAGAAGAUCGAAAUCGAAAUCGGCUCGAUCCACUAGCAAAAAUCAACGUAGUAAGAGUAAAACGCCGUCCAGUACCACAGCAAAGCUAGGAACUGGUCCUGUAAGCUGGAGAAACUCCGAAACAGCCAGAUCGUCUCCAACAGGUGAUGAAUCAGAUGACGAUACAGUUAUUAAUGAAGAAAAGCUGCGAAAAAUUCCCACGAUGAUUGUUGUGGACCCUUCUAUCAGAAGACCCUUCAAAUAUAAUGAAAGAAUUCGAGUAGUUCCAAAAUUCGAGCCAAGUCUUCCAAGAGGAUGCGGAGAAGCCAAGAAAGCAGAAGCAAAUGGUACGUGGAGUCGAAAAAGAGAGCGAAAAAACGCCGGCGAGGAGCGGGAAGAGGUUUGGCCUGGAAUUCCCGAUAAGAAGUACGGAAAACGGGAUGAGUGGACGAUGAAUAAAGCCGAUCGGGAGGCUGAAGAGCAGGCGGAUGGACCAGAGAAGGAUCGGAUAAUGAGGGAAAUUGCAGAGCGACAGUGGGUGGCGCAAGCUCUUUUUGAGGUAAAUUUAACUUGCCGAAAGCAUAAAAUCAAAAUUUUUGAUUCAAAAAGUUUUCAGUGCCCCGACGACCCGACACAAACAAAAGUUCUAUACGAAGGAUGGAGUUCCGAAACGAUGAGUACCCAGAUGACAGAUGAAACCAACAGCACUGCUCCGAUUGUGAUGAUGUAUCGUAACAUACGAGAGAAGUUUCUUGCGAAGAUGAAAGAGGAAGCGGAGAUAAAAGCAAUUGAGUUUAUGAAUGCGGAAGGAAGGAAAAUCACAUUCAAAGAGGCAUUGGCUAAGUUUUUCUACUCCUCUGUGAACAUCGUGGACAAGGAGGCUUUCGAUUUGUGUAAGAACUCGCUGGCAAGCCUAUCAACGCCGGAUCUCAUCAAAAAGUUCUACAAACAUAGUACUAUAUUCCCUGGACGCAAAGGAGUUUGCUCGAAUUCCGCAGGAUGCAAGUGCAAUCAAAGGUUCAACAUCCUCUAUGGCCUUGACAGUGGAAUGGGUAGACGAAUGGUAGAUAGUGGUCAUGUUCAACCUGUCAAACAGAUCAAGCACGACUCGAAUGGAAUUCUGGACCUCGCUGAUUUUCGAGUCUCGGAUCUUCGUGUGAUCAUGGAAUGCUCUGACGAGUGUGGAUGUCCGCACACCUGCCCACGGAGACGCCUUCAACAAGGCCAGACGAAACCAAUGGUGAUUUAUCACGAAGGAGAGAAAGGAUUUGGUAUUCGUGCGGCUGAAGGGUUCAAGAGAGGAGAGCUCAUUUGCGAGUACACUGGAAAAAUGUUCGUGUACAAUCAGGCGAUAGUGAGGACUCUUCCAAAACAUGCACAAGAGUAUUUGAAUGCGACAUCGCUGAGAAAAAAGGAUAAGAAGACGACAGAAGAGGAGACUGAGAAACCUGUUGAUAGGGACUCGAGGAAAAAGAGGAAGCCAACUUCUUAUCAAGCUGGAUUUUCGGUUAUGAAUGAUGAGAUUGUGAUUUGUGCUGGAAAGGAAGGAAACAUAGCCCGAUUCGCCAAUCAUAGUUGUGAACCCAAUGCGGCGUUUUUCGAAGUCCAUAGCCGUCGCUAUGUAUCAGACCCAUUGAUCCCACGUGUUGCUAUAUACGCCACAAAGGAUAUAGCACUUGGUGAAGAAGUUACUGUAGCCUAUUGGGAUCCCACUGAGCAGAGAAAGAAAACGGAUAUCGAGUGUCGCUGUGGAACCGCGUCGUGUAUGAAAUUCCUGCCAAAAUGA